AUGGACAGAGCAGCGAACUUGUUACAGACUAAAAACCCAUUGCAGAAAAACCUAAGGGCCCGCAGGUUUGUUUCGGCAGUUGCUGUGGUGGGUGGCGGCCGCAAGGGGGCAGUGCCUCCCCAGGCUGUCCCUCUCCCGACCCGCAAGAUCCCGCGGGAGUCGCAGCAAGAGCCAGGGGGCAUCUUCCGCCCGCAGCCCAGGGCUGCACCCCUGGGGACCCCGCCGGGUCCUGCGGCAGAGGCCUGCUCCCUGCUCUCAUCCCCGCCCUCCUCCUUCCACAGAUAUUCAGUGAGCAGUCCCCGGGUUUCGGGCAUUUUUCCAGGCUCCGGGGCCACCAGCCAUCCUGGAGCUUCCAUCCUGGGCGGGAGGCGAGGGGCACACCCCGGCGUGGGCAGUGGGCUCCCCGCAGCUCCUGCUCCCCGGCCCCACCCUCGACCUGUGCCUGGGACCCCAGACCCACGCGGCCAAGCAGCUUGCGGAGCAUGCUGCAGGCGGCCGGAUGUGCCCGGGGAAGGAGGGGUGAGAGGUGGAGGAUCUUCAGCAUUGCAACAUCUUUCGGUCUCUCGCAUCCGCGGGCGAGGGCGAGAUCAGCCGGAAAGGGAGGGGCUUGGAGGCAGCAGCUUCUCUGAGGUCUGGGCCUGGGAGCUGAUCUGCAAGGACCUGGGACAGGAGAGGGGACAGUGCCAGACACCCCGAACUGCAGGCUCCAGACAGAAGAGGAAAUGCCUUUUUACCACAACCCAUGACUCGGAUCCUCUCUCCUGUUUCCUGUACCAGGAUCUGCCUUUGCUGAGGACAUUUGACAGUGGGGUUGUUCAUCAAAUUCAGGAGAGGGACAGCAGCCCCAGCCCGGGGUCAGCCCUGCCCUCUGGCCCUGCGGGAGCCACACUUGCCCUCCCAGAGCAGCAGUGUGCUGUCAGCACACUGGGGGUGACCCAUGCGUGUGGGAUGUUGAGCGUCCACACAGUUCCUUGCCUCCAUUUCUGCUCAGGUGGAGCUCAUGUCUGCCCGGAACCCAGCAUCCAGGCUUCCUUGUUCCCCUGUGGGAUAACCCAGCUCCCCUCAGGGAUAACGUGCACAUUUGCUUCACUCAAGAUAGUUUUCCCAGAAAAAGGCAAGCCUGACGUUGGGGUAGCCUUAAGUAUCAACUUUUUUUUAUGA